GGGACGCCGCGGGCGCCUGGCGGGAGAGACCAAGCGCUGCAGGUGCGGGGGUGGAGACUUGGCCCCGCUGUGCGGGAUGGUGUGGCCCCUUAGCAACCGACGCAACGACUCUCCCUGGAGCCAGCAGGGACACAGGGCCGCGGUGUCCCGUGGAGCGGCUCCUGUGCACACUGGCUUGUCUCCCAAGACAAACCCUGCAAACCCACGUCCUCAAGGUGGUGGAUGUGCACACAACCCAGUGGCUUCUGCUACUCCGGAGCUGUGCGAAGACAGGAGGCUGUGUGUUGGCUGAGCUGGGCUGACUGAGUGCCAGGGUGCUCGGGCUGGGGCAGCUCCCUGACAGCGCAUGGAGAAGCCCCGCAGAGAAAGCUGCAGACCUGGAAGGGCUGCUGAGAACCCAGAGUGCAGCGGUGUUCUGAGGACCCAGGAGUCUGCUUCCAGGAGCACUCCUGGGAGCCUGGAACACAGCCUGGAAAGCACUCUUCAGGAGCAAGUACACGGGUUGGAGAAUCUCCCUCCAGGCCCUGACCCCAGGUUCCCACCUUUACCCCAGCCCAUGGCCCCGUCCAUGCUCUCGGUCUUGGGGCCGCCCCGGAAGCCGCCUCUGGCAGGCCCUGGUAAGAAGUACCCAGUGAUGAAGCAGCGUGGAUUCUACUCAGACAUCCUCAGCCCUGGAACCUUGGGUCAGCUUGGGAAUGUAUGCCGUGGCCCUUCUGUGAACCAGAGCCUGCUACGUCAGGGUGACCUUGACAAGUUCACACCGAGAGUCAGUACCUUUAAGAUGCCAGAGGACUUUGAGGAGCGCAUAAAUCAGCAGUGCAUCGGGCCCACCACGCAGCUGCUCACCCAGACUGACUUCCCACAGCAGGCCUAUGAGCCCAAGGUGCAGGUGCCCUACUGGGUGCUUCCCGGCCAGUGCCCCCGCAAGCUGGAGAUCGAGAGGAGGAAACGGCAGUACCUGAGCCUGGACAUCGAGCAGUUGCUGGCUAAGGAGGGCAUCGACUCCAACAAGCUCAUGCCCAGGCACCCGGACCCCCAGAGCCCACCUACUGCCCAACAAGGCCAAGAGCGGGUGUAUCCCACCUAUCUCCCCCUAAAGGUGUUUGACAAUGAGGAGUUUGACUGCCGUACUCCCAGAGAAUGGCUCAACAUGGGUUUGGAGCCGGGGUCUCAGAACCGGAAGCCCGUCCCUGGAAAAGCCCUGCUGCCCACCAACGACCUUCUGGGGCACGAGGACCCCAAGAGUCCAGAGCUGGAAUAUAAAUGGUGCGAGGUCGGCGUCCUGGACUAUGACGAGGAGAAGAAGCUGUACCUGGUGCACAAGACAGACAAGAGAGGUCUGGUGCGAGAUGAGAUGGGGAACCCCAUCGUGAACGGAGGGGUCACCGCAGAAGGAAGGCCACCGCUUCUGAUCUGUCAGUACUGGGUGCCGCGGAUCCAGCUGCUCUUCUGUGCCGAGGACCCUCAUGUGUUCACCCAGCGCGUGGUCCAGGCCAACGCCAUGCGCAAGGACACGGAGGCGCUGCUGCGAUACAACCUGUACGUGGACUGCAUGCCCUGUGACGGCCAGCAGCUCAUCAGUGAGCAGAGCCUGAGCAGGAUCAAGCAGUGGGCCAUGAGCACCCCCCGGAUGCGCAAAGGGCCCCGGGUUCUAGAGUACCUCAACAGACUGGCCAAGGAAGUGAGCCUAGACUACGAGCGGAGCAUGAAUAAGACCAUCUUUGACCGGGUCGUCGCCUCCAAGCCCGACACGUUCCACUACGUGACCCUGCCCAAGAAGGAGGAGGAGAAGGUGCCUGAGCGAGGGCUGGUGAGUGUCCCUGAGUAUCCCUUCUGGGAGCAGAAGGAAGACUUCACCUUUGUAUCCCUGCUCACCCGGCCGGAGGUCAUCACAGCCCUGAGCAAGGUGCGGGCCGAGUGCAACAAGGUGACCGCCAUGUCCUUGUUCCACUCAACCCUGUCUAAGUCCAGCCGCCUGGAGGAGUUCGAGCAGAUCCAGUCACAGACCUUCUCCCAGGUGCAGAUGUUCCUCAAGGACAGCUGGAUCAGCACGCUGAAGGUGGCCAUGCGCAGCAGCCUGCGCGACAUGAGCAAGGGCUGGUACAACCUGUACGAGACCAACUGGGAGGUGUACCUCAUGUCGAAGCUGCGCAAGCUGAUGGAGCUGAUCAAGUACAUGCUGCAGGACACGCUGCGCUUCCUGGUGCAGGACUCGCUCACCAGCUUCUCGCAGUUCAUCAGCGACGCCUGCUACAGCGUGCUCGACUGCGCCGACGACAUGGUCUGGGGCGAGGACUUGAUAAACAGCCCCUACAGGCCCCGGAAGAACCCCUUGUUUGUCGUGGACCUGGUGCUAGACAGCUCAGGGGUGCACUAUAGCACACCGCUGGAGCAGUUCGAGACGUCUCUGCUCAACCUCUUUGACAAGGGCAUCCUGGCCACCCACGCCGUGCCCCAGCUGGAGAAGCUGGUGAUGGAGGACAUCUUCAUCAGUGGAGACCCGCUGCUGGAGUCCGUGGGGCUGCACGAGCCGCUGGUGGAGGAGCUGCGGGCCACCAUUGCCAACGCUAUCCGCAAGGCCACGAUCCCACUGCAGGCCUACGCCGCGGAAUACGGGAAGUACUUGGAACUGAACAACAAUGACAUUGCCUCCUUCCUCAAGGCCUACCAGACACGCAUGCCUUCAGCCCAGGAGGUGCGGGAGGCGGUGCUGAACCACCUGAAGGAGAAGGACAUCCUGGACAACUGUCUGCCCAGCAGCAUCGUCAUCGGGCCCUUCUACAUCAACGUCAACAACGUCAAGAAGAGCCUGUCCAAGAAGCUCAAAGCCCUGGCCACUUCCAUGCUGGACAUCCUGGCCAAGAAUCUGCACAAGGAGGUGGACAGCAUCUGUGAGGUGUUCCGCAGCAUUAGCCGCAAGAUCUAUGAGAAGCCCAACAGCAUCGAGGAGCUGGCUGAGCUCCGGGAGUGGAUGAAGGGCAUCCCUGAGCAGCUUGUGGGGCUGGAGGAGCGGAUUGUGAAGGUCAUGGAUGACUACCAGAUCAUGGAUGAAUUCCUUUACAACCUCAACACGGAUGACUUCAAUGACAAGUGGGCUGCCAGCUACUGGCCCUCUAAGAUCCUCGGGCAGGUGGAGAUGGUGCGGCAGCAGCACAUCGAGGAAGAGGAGAAGUUCCGCAAGAUCCAGAUCAUGGAUCAGAACAACUUCCAGGAGAAGCUGGAAGGGCUGCAGCUGGUGGUAGCGGGCUUCUCCACCCACGUGGAGAUUGCACGAGCACAUGAGAUAGCCAAUGAGGUGCGGCGGGUCAAGAAGCAGCUGAAGGACUGCCAGCAGCUGGCGAUGCUCUACAACAACCGCGAGCGCAUCUUUGGCCUGCCCAUCACCAACUAUGACAAGCUCUCCAGGAUGGUGAAGGAGUUCCAGCCCUACCUGGACCUGUGGACCACGGCCUCUGACUGGCUGCGCUGGUCCGAGAGCUGGAUGAAUGACCCUCUGUCCGCCAUCGAGGCUGAGCAGCUGGAAAAGAACGUGAUGGAGUCCUUCAAGACCAUGCACAAGUGUGUGAAGCAGUUCAAGGACAUCCCAGCCUGCCAGGACGUGGCCUUGGACAUCCGAGCCCGCAUCGAGGAGUUCAAGCCGUACAUCCCGCUGAUCCAGGGGCUGCGCAACCCUGGCAUGCGGAACCGCCACUGGGAGGUCCUGUCCAACGAGAUCAACAUCAACGUCAGGCCCAAGGCCAACCUGACCUUUGCCCGCUGCCUCGAGAUGAACCUGCAGGACCACAUUGAGAGCAUCAGCAAGGUGGCCGAGGUGGCUGGCAAGGAGUACGCCAUCGAGCAGGCCCUGGACAAGAUGGAGAAGGAGUGGUCAAGCAUCCUGUUCAACGUGCUGCCCUACAAGGAGACGGACACCUAUAUCCUCAAGAGCCCGGACGAGGCCUCACAGCUGCUGGACGACCACAUCGUCAUGACGCAGAGCAUGUCCUUUUCACCCUACAAGAAGCCCUUUGAGCAGCGCAUCAACUCCUGGGAGACCAAGUUGAAGCUGACCCAGGAAGUGCUGGAGGAGUGGCUGAGCUGCCAGCGGUCCUGGCUCUACCUGGAGCCCAUCUUCAGCUCCGAGGACAUCAACCGGCAGCUGCCGGUGGAAAGCAGGCGCUACCAGACGAUGGAGCGCAUCUGGAGGAAGAUCAUGCGGAACGCCUACGAGAACCGGGAGGUGAUCAAUGUGUGUUCUGACCAGAGGCUGCUGGAAAGCCUGCGGGACUGCAACAAGCUGCUGGACCUGGUGCAGAAGGGCCUCAGCGAGUACCUGGAGACCAAGCGGAGUGCCUUCCCCAGAUUCUACUUCCUGUCAGAUGACGAGCUGCUAGAGAUCUUGUCCCAGACGAAGGAUCCCACAGCCGUGCAGCCCCACUUGCGCAAGUGCUUCGAGAACAUUGCCCGGCUGCUGUUCCAGGAGGACCUGGAGAUCACACACAUGUACUCGGCGGAGGGUGAGGAGGUGCGCCUGUCUGUCUCCGUCUUCCCUUUGAGCAACGUGGAGGACUGGCUGCGGGAGGUGGAGCACAGCAUGAAGGGCAGCGUGCGUGACAUCAUUGAGAGGGCCAUCAAGGCCUACCCCGUGAUGCCCAGGACCCAGUGGGUUCUGAACUGGCCUGGCCAGGUGACCAUCGCUGGAUGCCAGACCUACUGGACCAUGGAGGUGGAGAAGGCCUUGGAGGCUGGAGACAUCAGUAUGCGGCUGUUCCCUCAGCUCUCCCAGCAGCUCAGUGACCUGGUGGCCCUGGUGCGGGGGAAGCUGUCCCGCAUGCAGCGGGCAGUGCUGUCAGCACUGAUCGUCAUUGAGGUCCACGCCAAGGAGGUCGUGAACAAGCUGAUCCGGGAGCACGUGGUCAGCGUGAAUGACUUCGAGUGGAUCUCCCAGCUCAGGUACUACUGGACCAAUGACAACCUGUACAUCCGCGCUGUGAAUGCUGAAUUCAUCUAUGGCUACGAGUACCUAGGCAACAGCGGGAGGCUGGUGAUCACGCCCCUAACAGACAGGUGCUACCUCACCCUGACUGGAGCCUUGCACCUCAAGUUUGGGGGUGCUCCAGCUGGCCCGGCUGGCACAGGAAAAACUGAGACCACUAAAGACCUGGGCAAGGCUUUGGCCAUCCAGACAGUUGUGUUCAACUGUUCUGACCAGCUCGACUUCAUGGCCAUGGGCAAGUUCUUCAAGGGCCUGGCCAGUGCUGGGGCCUGGGCCUGCUUCGACGAGUUCAAUCGCAUUGACAUUGAGGUGCUGUCCGUGGUGGCACAGCAGAUCACCACCAUCCAGAAGGCACAGCAGCAGCGGGUGGAACGCUUCAUGUUUGAAGGUGUCGAGAUCCCCCUCGUGCCCUCGUGCGCAGUGUUUAUCACCAUGAACCCUGGAUAUGCUGGCCGCACGGAGCUCCCUGACAAUCUGAAGGCGCUCUUCCGGCCUGUGGCCAUGAUGGUUCCUGAUUAUGCCAUGAUCGCCGAGAUCUCCCUCUACUCCUUUGGUUUCAAUGAGGCCAGCGUGCUGGCUAAGAAGAUCACGACCACCUUCAAGCUGUCCUCCGAGCAGCUCAGCUCCCAGGAUCACUACGACUUCGGGAUGAGAGCCGUGAAGACCGUGAUCUCGGCUGCCGGAAACCUCAAACGAGAAAACCCCAGCAUGAAUGAGGAGCUGAUCUGCCUGCGGGCCAUCCGUGAUGUGAACGUGCCCAAGUUCCUGCAGGAGGACCUCAAGCUCUUCUCUGGGAUUGUGUCCGACCUGUUUCCCACCAUCAGGGAGGAGGAAACGAACUAUGGCAUCCUGGACACAGCCAUCCGCAAGGCCUGUGAGAAGAGUAACCUCAAGGAUGUGGAGGGCUUCAUGACCAAGUGCAUCCAGCUCUACGAGACCACGGUGGUGCGGCAUGGCCUCAUGCUCGUCGGGCCCACAGGCUCUGGCAAGAGUAAUUGUUACAGAGUCCUGGCAGCUGCCCUGACGUCAAUCAAAGGGCAGCCGUCCAUCAGCGGUGGCGUGUAUGAAGCCGUCAACUACUAUGUGCUGAACCCCAAGUCCAUCACGAUGGGCCAGCUGUACGGGGAGUUCGACCUGCUUACUCACGAGUGGACAGAUGGCAUCUUCCCCUCGCUCAUCCGGGUGGGGGCUGUCGCCUCUGACACCAACAAGAAGUGGUACAUGUUUGACGGGCCGGUGGACGCUGUGUGGAUCGAGAACAUGAACACGGUGCUGGACGACAACAAGAAGCUGUGCCUCAGCUCCGGGGAGAUCAUCAAGCUCACAGAGGCGAUGACCAUGAUGUUCGAGGUGCAGGACCUGGCCGUGGCCUCCCCGGCCACUGUGUCCCGCUGUGGCAUGGUGUACCUGGAGCCCAGCAUCCUGGGGCUCAUGCCCUUCGUCGAGUGCUGGCUGAGGAAGCUCCCUGCCUUGCUAAAGCCCCACGAGGAGCAUUUCCGGAGCCUCUCUGCCAGAUUCCUGGAGGAGUCCAUCAGCUUCAUUCGGUCCUCGGUGAAGGAGGUGAUCUCCUCGACCGACAGCAACCUGGUCAUGAGCUUGCUCAAGCUGCUGGACUGCUUCUUUAAGCCCUUUCUGCCUCGAGAGGGCCUCAAGAAAAUCCCGUCUGAAAAGGUGAGCCGCCUGUCUGAGCUGGUCGAGCCCUGGUUCAUCUUCUCCUUGGUCUGGAGCGUAGGUGCCACUGGGGACAGCCUUGGCCGAGUCGCCUUCAGCCACUGGCUGAGGGCCAAGAUGACGGUGGAAAAGCUGGCUCUGCCGUUCCCAGGAGAGGGGCUGGUGUUCGAUUACCGGCUGGAGGACGCCGGCAUCAGCAGCACCAACGACGAUGAUGACGAAGAGGACGAGAACAAGCAGGUCGCCUGGGUGAAGUGGAUGGACUCCUCAGCUCCAUUCACCAUGGUGCCCGACACCAACUACUGCAACAUCAUCGUGCCUACCAUGGACACCGUACGCAUGUCCUACCUGCUGGGCAUGCUGCUCACCAGCCACAAGCCUGUGCUGUGUAUCGGGCCCACGGGCACCGGGAAGACUCUCACCAUCUCUGACAAGCUCCUCAAGAACCUGCCACUAGAGUACAUCAGCCACUUCCUCACCUUCUCAGCCCGCACCUCGGCCAACCAGACCCAGGACUUCAUCGACAGCAAGCUGGACAAGAGGCGGAAGGGUGUGUUCGGGCCGCCCCUGGGGCGCAACUUCAUCUUCUUCAUCGAUGACCUGAACAUGCCGGCCCUGGAGACCUAUGGCGCACAGCCGCCCAUCGAGCUGUUGCGCCAGUGGAUGGAUCACGGCGGCUGGUAUGACCGCAAGAUGAUCGGAGCCUUCAAGAACCUGGUGGACAUCAACUUUGUCUGUGCCAUGGGCCCUCCGGGUGGAGGCAGGAAUGCCAUCACUCCACGGCUGACGCGCCACUUCAACUACCUGUCCUUUGCCGAGAUGGACGACGCCAGCAAGAAGCUCAUCUUCUCCACCAUUCUAGGCAGUUGGAUGCGUGGACUCCUUGGAGAAAAAAGUUACUGGGAGCCUGUGCCUGGGGCCCCCCAUCUCAUCCCCUUCAUGGAGCCCCUGGUGGAAGCUACCGUCAUGGUGUAUGCCACCAUCACCUCCCAGCUGCUGCCCACCCCAGCCAAGUCCCACUAUACCUUCAACCUGAGGGACCUCUCCAAGGUCUUCCAGGGCAUGCUCAUGGCCAACCCUGCCAAGGUGGAGGACAAGGUGCAGCUGCUGCGACUGUGGUACCAUGAGAACUGCCGCGUGUUCCGCGACCGGCUGGUGAAUGAGGAGGACUGUGGCUGGUUCGAUGAGCUGCUCCAGGGCCACAUGGCACGGUGGGACGUGGCCUUCAACGAGGUUUGCCCCUCCCAGCCCAUUCUCUACGGGGACUUCAUGUCACCAGGCUCUGACGUCAAGAGCUACGAGCUCAUCACCAGUGAGUCCAAGAUGAUGCAGGUGAUCAAGGAGUACAUGGAGGACUACAACCAGAUCAACACGGCCAAGCUGAAGCUGGUCCUCUUCAUGGACGCCAUGAGCCACAUCUGCCGCAUCAGCCGCACGCUGCGCCAGGCACUAGGCAACGCGCUCCUGCUGGGCGUAGGUGGCAGCGGCCGCAGCUCCCUCACACGGCUUGCCUCGCACAUGGCCGAGUACGAGUGCUUUCAGAUUGAGCUGUCCAAGAACUACGGCCUGAGCGAGUGGCGCGAUGACGUCAAGAAGGCCCUGCUGAAGGCCGGCCUGCAGAACCUGCCCGUCACCUUCCUGUUCGCAGACACUCAGAUCAAGAACGAGUCCUUCCUGGAGGACAUCAACAACAUACUCAACUCGGGUGACAUCCCCAACCUGUACGCCAUGGACGAGCAGGACCAGAUCCUCAACGCCAUGCGGCCCUACAUCCAGGAGCAAGGGCUGCAGCCCACCAAGGCCAACCUCAUGGCUGCCUACACCAGGCGCGUGCGCAGCAACAUCCACAUGGUGCUGUGCAUGAGCCCCAUAGGAGAGGUCUUCCGAGCUCGCCUGCGGCAGUUUCCCUCCCUCGUCAACUGCUGUACCAUCGACUGGUUUAAUGAGUGGCCGACAGAGGCCCUGGAGUCUGUGGCCACCAUGUUCCUGAAUGAGAUCCCAGAGCUGGAAGCUUCCUAUAAAAUAGUGGGAGGCUUGGUAGGUGUCGUGAUCCAGGUCUGCGUGUAUAUCCACCAGUCGGUGGCCAAGAAGUGUGUCGAGUACCUGGCGGAGCUGGCGCGCCACAACUACGUGACCCCUAAGAGCUACCUGGAGCUGCUCAAUAUUUUCUCCAUCCUCAUUGGACAGAAGAAACUGGAACUGAAAACGGCCAAAAACCGCAUGAAGAGUGGCCUUGACAAGCUCCUGCGCACUUCCGAAGACGUGGCCAAGAUGCAGGAGGAGCUGGAGGUUAUGCGCCCCAUGCUGGAGGAGGCUGCCAGGGACACCAUGCUCACCAUGGAGCAGAUCAAGGUGGAUACAGCCAUCGCUGAGGAGACCCGGAAUUCAGUGCAGGCAGAAGAGAUCAAGGCCAAGGAGAAGGCUGCAAAGGCACAGGCUAUUGCCGACGAUGCCCAAAAGGAUCUGGAAGAGGCGCUGCCAGCUCUGGACAUGGCCCUGGCCAGCCUGCGCAACCUCAACAAGAGCGAUGUGACUGAGGUGCGCGCCAUGCAGCGGCCCCCGCUGGGCGUGAAGCUGGUCAUUGAAGCUGUGUGCAUCAUGAAGGGCAUCAAGCCCAAGAAGGUGCCAGGAGACAGGCCAGGCUCCAAGGUGGAUGACUACUGGGAGCCAGGCAAGGGGCUGCUGCAGGACCCCGGCCGCUUCCUCGAGAGUCUCUUCAAGUUUGACAAGGACAACAUUGGUGAGGCGGUGAUCAGAGCCAUCCAGCCGUAUAUCGACAACGAAGACUUCCAGCCGGCCGCCAUCGCCAAGGUGUCCAAGGCCUGCACGUCCAUCUGCCAGUGGGUGCGCGCCAUGCACAAGUACCACUUCGUGGCCAAGGCUGUGGAGCCCAAGCGGCAAGCCCUGCGGGAGGCGCAGGACGACCUGGAGGUAACGCAGAAGAUCCUGGAGGAGGCCAAGCAGCGCCUGCGCGAGGUGGAGGACGGCAUCGCCCUGAUACAGGCCAAGUACCAAGAAUGCAUCGCCAAGAAGGAGGAACUGGAGCUCAAGUGCGAGCAGUGCGAGCAGAGGCUGAGCCGGGCCGACAAGCUCAUCAAUGGGCUAUCAGACGAGAAGGUACGCUGGCAGGAGACGGUGGAGAACCUGGAGCACACGCUAAGCAACAUCUUCGGCGACGUGCUGGUGGCUGCUGGCUUUGUAGCCUACCUAGGCCCCUUCACGGGUCAGUACCGCACAGUGCUCUACGACCAGUGGGUCAAGCAGCUCACGAUCCACCAGGUUCCACACACCACAGAGCCCACGCUGAUCGGGACGCUGGGGAACCCAGUGAAGAUCCGCUCGUGGCAGAUCGCUGGCCUCCCCAACGACAUACUGUCAGUGGAGAACGGGGUCAUCAACCAGUUUUCCCAGCGUUGGACCCACUUCAUUGACCCUCAGGGCCAGGCCAACAAAUGGAUAAAGAACAUGGAGAAGGACAGCGGGCUGGACGUGUUCAAGAUGAGUGACCGCGACUUCCUGCGUAGCAUGGAGAAUGCCAUCCGCUUUGGCAAGCCAUGUCUGCUGGAAAAUGUGGGCGAGGAGCUGGACCCGGCCCUGGAGCCUGUGCUGCUCAAACAGACCUACAAGCAGCAGGGGAACACAGUGCUGAAGCUGGGAGACAUGGUGAUCCCCUACCAUGAGGACUUCAGGAUGUACAUCACCACCAAGCUGCCCAACCCACACUACACACCUGAGAUCUCCACCAAACUCACCAUCAUCAACUUCACCCUGUCACCCAGUGGCCUGGAGGAUCAGCUGCUGGGGCAGGUAGUGGCUGAGGAGCGACCUGACCUGGAGGAGGCCAAGAACCAGCUGAUUGUCAGUAACGCCAAGAUGCGGCAGGAGCUGAAGGACAUUGAGGACCAGAUCCUGUACCGGCUGAGCUCCUCCAAAGGCAACCCCGUGGACGACGUGGAGCUCAUCAAAGUGCUGGAGGCUUCCAAGACGAAGGCUGCCGAGAUCCAGGCCAAGGUCAGGAUUGCGGAGCAGACGGAGAAGAACAUCGACCUCACACGCAUGGAGUACAUACCCGUGGCCGUCCGAACCCAGAUCCUCUUCUUCUGUGUGUCCGACCUGGCCAACGUGGACCCCAUGUACCAGUACUCCCUCGAGUGGUUCCUCAACAUCUUCCUGUCCGGCAUUUCCAACUCAGAGAGGGCAGACAACCUGAAGAAGCGCAUCGCCAACAUCAACCGCUACCUGACCUACAACCUCUACAGCAACGUCUGCCGCAGCCUCUUUGAGAAGCACAAGCUGAUGUUCGCCUUCCUGCUUUGUGUCCGCAUCAUGAUGAACGAGGGCAAGAUCGACCAGCACGAGUGGCACUAUCUCCUGUCCGGGGGCUCUACCCAGAUGACGACUCAGAACCCCGCGCCGGACUGGCUGUCAGACCGGGCCUGGCGAGACAUCCUGGCGCUCUCGAACCUGCCUGCCUUCUCUUCCUUCUCCUCCGACUUUGUGAGGCACCUCUCAGAAUUCCGGGUCCUCUUCGAUAGCCUUGAGCCCCACCGGGAGCCCUUGCCUGGCAUCUGGGACCGGAACCUGGACCAGUUCCAGAAGCUGCUGGUCCUCCGCUGUCUGCGUAGGGACAAGGUCACCAAUGCCAUGCAGGACUUUGUAGCCACCAACCUGGAGCCACGCUUCAUCGAGCCCCAGACUGCCAACCUGUCGGCAGUAUUCAAAGACUCCAACUCUACCACACCCCUCAUCUUUGUGCUGUCGCCCGGCACUGACCCUGCUGCUGACCUCUACAAGUUUGCCGAAGAGAUGAAGUUCUCCAAGAAGCUGUCUGCCAUCUCCCUGGGCCAGGGCCAGGGCCCUCAGGCGGAAACCAUGAUGCGCAGUUCCAUAGAGAGGGGCAAGUGGGUCUUCUUCCAGAACUGCCACCUGGCACCGAGCUGGAUGCCGACCCUGGAGCGCCUCAUCGAGCACAUCAACCCCGACAAGGUGCACCGGGAUUUCCGCCUGUGGCUCACCAGCCUGCCCAGCAGCAGGUUCCCAGUGUCCAUCCUGCAGAACAGCUCCAAGAUGACCAUCGAGCCGCCACGUGGGGUCAAGGCCAACCUGAUGAAAUCCUAUAGCAGCCUCAGCGACGACUUCAACUCCUGUCACAAGGUGACCGAGUUCAAGUCCCUGCUGCUGUCUCUGUGCCUGUUCCACGGGAACAUGCUGGAGCGCCGGAAGUUCGGGCCCCUGGGCUUCAACAUCCCCUAUGAGUUCACGGAUGGAGACCUGCGCAUCUGCAUCAGCCAGCUCAAGAUGUUCCUGGACGAAUACGAUGACAUCCCCUACAAGGUCCUCAAGUACACAGCAGGGGAGAUCAACUAUGGGGGCCGCGUCACGGACGACUGGGACCGCCGCUGCGUCAUGAACAUCCUGGAGGACUUCUACAGCCCUGUGGUGCUCUCCCCUGAGCACAGCUACAGUGCCUCAGGCAUCUACCACCAGAUCCAGCCAACCUACGACCUCAACGGCUACCUGUCCUACAUCAAGAGCCUCCCGCUCAAUGACAUGCCUGAGAUCUUUGGCCUGCACGAUAACGCCAACAUCACUUUCGCCCAGAAUGAGACAUUCGCCCUGCUUGGCACCAUCAUCCAGCUGCAACCCAAGUCGUCCUCUGUGGGCGGCCAGGGCCGGGAUGAGAUAGUACAGAACACAGCCCAGGGUAUUCUUCUCCGAGUGCCUGAACCUGUCAACAUGCAGCAGGUGACGGCCAAGUACCCAGUGCUGUAUGAAGAGUCAAUGAACACGGUGCUAGUGCAAGAGGUCAUCAGGUACAACAGGCUGCUGCAGGUGAUCAUACAAACACUGCGGGACCUGCUCAAGGCGCUCAAGGGGCUGGUGGUGAUGUCCUCACAGCUGGAGCUGAUGGCUGCCAGCCUGUACAACAACACCGUACCUGAGCUCUGGAAUGCUAAGGCCUACCCAUCGCUCAAGCCGCUGUCCUCUUGGGUCAUGGACCUGCUGCGGCGCCUGGACUUCCUGCAGGCCUGGAUCCAGGGUGGCAUCCCAGCUGUCUUCUGGAUCAGUGGCUUCUUCUUCCCCCAGGCUUUCCUGACAGGCACUCUGCAGAACUUUGCCCGCAAGUCCAUCAUCUCCAUCGAUACCAUCUCCUUCUCAUUCAAGGUAAUGCCCCAGUUACCAUCAGAGCUCAAGGAAAGGCCUGAAGUGGGAUGCUACAUCCACGGACUGUUCCUGGAAGGUGCCCGCUGGGACCCAGUGGCCUUCCAGCUGGCCGAGUCCAGGCCCAAGGAGCUGUACACAGAGAUGGCUGUUAUCUGGCUUGUGCCUACACCCAACCGCAAGGCCCAGGGCCAGGACUUCUACCUGUGUCCCAUCUACAAAACACUGACACGUGCUGGAACACUCUCAACCACAGGCCACUCCACCAACUAUGUCAUUGCCGUGGAGAUCCCCACUGACCGGCCCCAGCGGCACUGGAUAAAGCGUGGCGUGGCCCUCAUCUGUGCCCUGGACUACUAGGCCCAGACAGGAGGGCUGGAGCCAUUAAAGUUGGGUUUUCCGAAGUCCA